AUGAGUGAGGCCAUAACGACCCCAACCAUCACGGAGAGACAGAUUUCAACGUUCUCUGAUGAGUACAAGAAGAGGCGGAAGCAGCAGAUGCUGAGGUUCUUCGGUGCAACCGCAUUGACUUUAAUAUCCUGCAGACUAGCUUACAGAGGUGUUAAAUCGCGAAAAUAUGUACCCAAUAUGUUCCAACUGAAUUAUAAGUCCCCGCCUUUCUCGUACCAAGCAGAAGCAGCAAGUGCACUGGUUUUUGGGACAGGCCUGGCAGUUGGAGGUUUCUCCAUGCUAGUAUUUGGAUCUUGUUGGCUCUCAGAUAUCUCUAGCUUUCCAGAAUUCAGUCUAAAGGCCAAGCAACUGAUGGGACAGGACCCAAUUUCGGACUCAAAACUAACAAAUAUGCCUCUGGAUGAUGAUACUGCUAAAGUGGUCGAUCAAUUAGAGAGGCUGCUUGAAGGAAAGAACAAGUAA